CUUACCAGAACCUAGCUAUUCUGAAAGCCGCCGAGGCCUGGUGAGCUCAUAUUUGGAUUGCUGGAUUGUCCCUAGAACUGCAACUCUCAGCGCUGACGACUGCCGAUCUUAGGGGCCAGCGCCACCUAAACUUUCCGAACUACAAGGCCGCAGAGGCGCCAUCUCGGCAUCUCACCUGCAGCUGAAAAGGGGAUCUAAGCUUCGGCAACCUGCAUUACCGAUCAUCGGGUUGAGUUUCUGUGACCAACAUCUGUGCAAAAAAUGCUAAUUGUCUUUCAGAGGACGCAGCUGCUGAUGUUCGAGAUGGCAGACACACGACGAUGAUACGACUGCACAGGGCGCCGCUCAAAUUUGGUGCCCAAAAUCCAUGGCUACGGGCCCCUCGAUCCCGCCCUCAGCAUGCCCAACAGCGUAAAUCCACCAAUUCUUCCGCGCCCAAGGAGUCCAAGUCUGUCAGCGAAAGUCAGCUUCCUCCACAUACGCCGAAUGAAGUGACGAUCGAGAGCACGAAGACUGAGCCGGUCGAUAUCCCCAUCCAGCUAUGGUACCACCGACUAGGACCGGUGUCGACGUUCUUUAACUGGUUUCACCGUAGCCAGGUGAAGAGGCCGUAUACGGUACAAGUGUGCACGACUUUGGUCACGUACCUGUGUGGUGAUCUGGGAGCCCAAGAGAUCGGAGGAGAACGCUACGAUGGGAUCAGGACAUUGCGCAUGCUCACGAUUGGGGCGCUCGCGAGCAUACCGGGGUACAAAUGGUUUCUGUUUCUGGGCCGUAACUUCAAUUUCCAGUCCAAGAUCGCGUCGAUCGCAACGAAAGUCGCAGUCAACCAGGCUGUUUUCACGCCAAUAUUCAACACGUAUUUCUUCGGCAUGCAGGCUUUCCUGACUGGAGAGUCACUUUCAGGCGUCGUCACAAGGGUGAAAGCUACGGUGCCGACGAGCAUUGUCAACUCAUUGAAAUUGUGGCCAGCAGUCACGGCGUUUACAUUCUACUUCAUUGCGCCGAGUUACAGGUUUAUGUUCAGUGGGAUAUUUGCAAUCGCCUGGCAGACAUAUCUCAGUUUCCUGAACAGGAAGGAAGAGAAGAUCGAGUUCAGCACCGAUUCCAUGAUUAGGCCUGCUGUGCCGGAAGGGUUGGUUGUCAAAUGAGCACGUUCGCUGGACAGCCCUUCAAACAGUUAAAGGUCGCAGUGUGAGUUGAAGGGAUGUCCAUUUCAAUCGAAUCACUUUGGCGGUUGGAUUACUGGGAUUCUGAAUGCUCGCAGUUGAGGAUAGACAUUGCAUCAAGGGAAGAGCAGCAGUUUGCCUCGAGUCGACGGUGGACAGGGCACAACAGCACACUGGGUAAUAAGCCCCGCAUACAGGUGUCCAGCAUAUCGGGAUAUACAGCGAGCACGUCUGGAGCAGAGUCAGGGCGCUAGAACAUAGACCGUAGAAUGUAGACAAGAAUGGUAACG